GUGCUUGUGAACGCGGAGCGCGCGAGGGGCCGCUGCCACCAUGCCCGGGGGCGUGGGCGCCGUCCGGCUCUGCCUGCUGGCGCUCGCCCUGCCGGGGUGGACCAGAAGAGGAAAUGGGGAAGGCAGCCCCCAGCUACAGCAUGAACGAAUAAUACCUCAGUGGAAGACUGCAGAAAGCCCCACCAAAGAAAAGCAUCCACACAGAGCUGAGCUCAGGAUAAAGGCCGAGGGGCGAGAAUUCAUCUUGGACCUCGAGAAGAAUGAGUACCUUUUUGCUCCAGCCUACACGGAAACCCAUUACACUCCAAGUGGCAGCCCUCAGACCACCAGGCUGAAAUCUGAGGACCACUGCUUUUACCACGGGACGGUGAGGAAGGCCGAGCAGUCCAGUGUGACACUCAGCACGUGCCGGGGAAUGAGGGGACUGAUUGUGGUGAGCAGUAACCUCAGCUACAUCAUCGAGCCCCUGCCUGACAGCGAGGGCCACCACCUUAUUUACAGAUCUGAACAUCUCAAGCUACCCCUGGGGAACUGUGGGGCCGAGCACUCCAAGUCCACCCCCGGGGACUGGGUCCUUCAUUUCACCAACCAGACCAAGAAACGACCUCGCAGGAUGAAAAGGGAAGAUUUACACUCCAUGAAGUAUGUGGAGCUUUACCUCGUGGCUGAUUAUGCAGAGUUUCAGAAGAAUCGACGAGACCAGGAUGCCACCAAACACAAGCUGAUGGAGAUCGCCAAUUACGUUGAUAAGUUUUACCGAUCCUUGAACAUCCGGAUUGCGCUCGUGGGCUUGGAAGUCUGGACGCAUGGGAAUAUGUGUGAAGUUUCGGAGAACCCCUACUCUACUCUCUGGUCAUUUCUCAGUUGGAGGCGCAAGCUGCUCACUCAGAAGAACCAUGACAACGCCCAGUUAAUCACGGGCAUGUCUUUCCACGGCACCACCAUCGGGCUGGCCCCCCUCAUGGCCAUGUGCUCCGUGUACCAGUCUGGAGGAGUCAACAUGGACCACUCUGAGAAUGCCAUUGGCGUGGCUGCCACCAUGGCCCACGAGAUGGGCCACAACUUUGGCAUGAGCCAUGAUUCUGCGGAUUGCUGCUCAGCCAGCGCGGCUGAUGGCGGGUGCAUCAUGGCAGCUGCCACCGGGCAUCCCUUUCCAAGAGUGUUCAAUGGCUGCAACAGGAAGGAGCUGGACAGGUAUCUGCAGUCAGGCGGUGGGAUGUGUCUCUCCAAUAUGCCAGACACCAGGACGCUGUAUGGAGGCCGGAGGUGUGGGAAUGGGUACCUGGAAGAUGGGGAAGAAUGUGACUGUGGGGAGGAAGAGGAAUGUAAAAACCCGUGCUGCAAUGCCUCAAAUUGCACCCUGAGGGAAGGAGCUGAGUGUGCCCACGGCGCCUGCUGUCACCGGUGUAAGCUGCUGGCACCUGGGACCCUGUGCCGUGAGCAGGCACGGCAGUGCGACCUCCCAGAAUUCUGCACGGGCAAGUCUCCGCAUUGCCCCACCAACUUCUACCAGAUGGACGGCACUCCCUGUGAGGGCGGCCAGGCCUACUGCUACAAUGGCAUGUGCCUCACCUACCAGGAGCAAUGCCAGCAGCUGUGGGGGCCUGGAGCCCGGCCUGCUCCUGAUCUCUGCUUCGAGAAGGUGAAUGUGGCAGGAGACACCUUUGGAAACUGUGGAAAAGACAUUAAUGGGGAACACAGAAAGUGCAACAUGAGAGAUGCCAAGUGUGGGAAGAUCCAGUGUCAGAGUUCUGAGGCUCGGCCGCUGGAGUCUAACGCAGUGCCCAUCGAUACCACCAUCAUCUUGAAUGGGAGGCAGAUCCGGUGCCGGGGCACCCAUGUCUACCGUGGUCCCGAGGAGGAGGGUGACAUGCUGGACCCAGGGCUGGUGAUGACUGGGACCAAGUGUGGCUACAACCAUAUUUGCUUCGAGGGGCAGUGCAGGAACACCUCCUUCUUUGAAACGGAAGGCUGCGGGAAGAAGUGUAAUGGCCACGGGGUCUGCAACAACAACCAGAACUGCCACUGCUUCCCGGGCUGGGCCCCGCCCUUCUGCAACACGCCGGGCCAGGGGGGUAGCAUCGACAGCGGGCCCAUGCCCCUCGACAGUGUUGGUCCUGUGAUAGCUGGAGUGUUCACGUCCUUGUUCAUGCUGGCGGUCCUUUUGCUGAUCUACUACUGCUGUAAACAGAACAACAAACUGGGCCAACUCAAGCCCUUAGCCCUCCCUUUGAAACUGAGGCAACAGUUCAGUUGUCCCUUCAGGAUGUCUCAGAACAGUGGAACUGGCCACGCCAACCCAACGUUUAAGUUGCAGACGCCCCAGGGCAAGCGAAAGGUGACCAACACCCCCGAGACCCUGCGGAAGCCCUCCCAGCCUCCUCCUCGGCCCCCUCCCGACUACCUGCAUGGUGGCUCCCCACCUGUGCCAUUGCUGACGCCACUCAGCAGGACCGCCAGGAGCUCCCCGGGGGCUGGGUCUCAAGUAGAGCGGAAGGAGUCAUCCAGGGGGCCUCCUCCAAGCCGGCCUGUCCCCCCGGCCCCAAACUGCAUCCUCUCCCAGGAUUUCUCCAGGCCGCGGCCACCGCAGAAGGCCCUCCCAGCAAACCCAGUGCCAGGCCGCAAAAGCCUCCCUCGGCCAGGCGGUGCAUCCAUCCUGCAGCCCACUGCCACUACCCCUCUUCAGCCCCGGCCUCUGGGAGCACCUGUCCCAAAGUUUCCUGAAUACAGAUCGCAGAGGGCUGGGGGGAUGAUCGGCUCGAAGACCUAGACCCCUCUGAAGGAGCUUCUGCCUUUCCUUGAGGACUCUGAACCCCCCCAGAGGAUCCUGGCCAUGGAGUCUGGAACAAGCAUGUCUGGCCGCUUCCAAGUCCUUCCUCCUCUCUUUCCAUCCUCCCAGAACCACUGCAUCUCCGGAAAUCUCCUUCUUGACUCAGUGCCUCCUUAGCUUCCUGGGAGGCCCAGAGAGACUACUAUCCGAUGUCAUCAAAGCGUUGUUUUGUGCAAUAUACUGCCCUGGGGAAGGGAGGAGAGAGCACUGAAGAGGAUGAAUGGCGGCUUCUUCUCCAACCUCCCUCCUGCUGGCCCAUCACCUCAGAGGUGCCAGUGGGGAUGGUCUGGGCUGUCGGAGCUUGUAAGCUCAGCUGGGAAAGGUCCUGUUCAGCCCUUCGGCCCAGGGCUUGGGUUGGAGAAGCCAUCCAUGCCUCAGAGCUUUCCACGGCUUCUGUCUUCCUUGAAAGUCCCAAGCUAGACAGAGGCCGGAUGCUUACUCAUCCCUUUUAGCUCUGAGAUUGAGAAGGGUCAAACCAGCUUCCAUCGCGGCCCUGCCCAGGGCUUGGUUGAGGUCACCACUCCUGGGUCUGUGCCACAUGUGACCAAGAGAAGUCCCCUCCCCUCCCCCCUCUCCCCGAAAGCCCCACCUCCCCUUACUUACACGGGUCCCCCUGACUCUGACAGGUACUACUUGUGGGCAGUGUAGACAGCAGAGGGAGCACCAGGCUUGGGCCUCCUCUGAGCCAACGCCAAAGGUUGUGGCUCUCAACUCGGAAUCAUUCUUGGUUGCCUUUUCUUUUCUUCUCUUUCCAAGUGCUCGGCACUUUUGAUUUCUCCUUCAGAAAUUUCUUCCCAGCUCUGACCUACCUGAUGUGUGGUGAGUGGGCCUUCAGCACUUCAGCCUCUUGGAGACCUGGUGCUCGCAACCUACAAGCGAGGAGCCUGCCUCAAGGGUUGGCCACUGGAUUUGCCAUGUGGUUCUCAAGAGUGUCUCAAGAGCGUCGAAGCUUUAUUUGCCAUUGUGUUUUGUGGCCUUGGUAGGGUGAAGUUCUUACCCUCUACUCCCUGAUGGAAAUCUAAGGUAGGUCCUCAGGGAUGGAUGGCAGCAAAGGGGCCACGCCCCAGCCUGUCCCUAGGCCUAGUCAUUUAUUUGAGGCAUGAUCAUUGCCCUCUGAGCAGAGAGCUGACCUGUCUCUAGAGAUCUGUAGAGAAGCAGCCAACAGUCUUGAUGGAACAGAAUCGGAGCUGGGAACACCAGGAUUUUUAUCAUCCACUUCCUUGUGUUCUUUCCUCUGGUCACUGCCCUUAUCUGACCUUUACAGAAAGAACUUGGAGCAGCUGGGGAAAUGGCACUCCAAUGGGUACUACCCCCCCCACCAACCCCCCCAGCCCCGGUGCAGGGAAGGAAGGCUAUGUGGUGCUCUGCUAAAGUGGACGACUCGUCACUGGAGAUGUUCUCUGGUGACGGCCUCCCACCCCCAGAAGGGUGCUGUGCUGUCCCCACCUCCUGCAGUGAGCCGUUGUUCACUCUUGAAAACCUCAAAGCAAGGAAGAAGCUUGAGCUUUCACUCCCAACCACCAACCCAGGGCCCCCUUACAGUUCUCUGCAUACAACAGGUGCUCAAUAGAUGUUCUCGGGUUUUGGACAAGUGGGAGAUUUGGCAUACGCACCUGGGAACACACAUGGGGUGGAUUUAGAAAGAUCUCAGAAAAAUGAGGUUCUUUUCCCUCAGGUAGACUGUUACUCAUGCCUCCAUCUCCCAGACUUGGGCCCUGGUUGAUCCCCAGAGCCAGUUUCCACCUUCCUUGCUGCCUGAUUAGGUCAGGGGACAGCCUUCUGUGUAAUUGUGUAACUUCAAAUGCCCCAGGCCUCAGGGUUGGGUCCCUCAAAAGUAAAGGUGAAAACACCUUGGCCAAAAAAAAAAAAAAAAAAAAAAAAAAAAAAA